UUUUCCCGAAAAGUAUAAAUACCUCUCAUUCUUAACCCCCAAAUUUUUUCCUUGCCCUAAUAAACUCCCCUUUUUCUCUUCAGCCGCAACAUGUUAAACCCACCUAAAAUCCACUCAAAUCAGCUCAAUUUAACUCUAAUCUAUCUUCUUUUCAGCUGAAAUUUGUUUAAUUUCAACUUCUUCUUUUUAUUCCAGGGAAAAUGAUUAGGUUGAGUUUAUGUGAGGGUUUUGUUUGGUGGGUAAAUGGAUAGUUUGCAAGGUUCUGUUGUGGUUGAGCUUAUGGGAUCCGAAAGUUUUAGCGGUGUUGGUGCUGCGCCUAAAUUGGAGAGGUCCUUCGAUGCGCCUUCUAUUGAUAGGAUUACUGGUUCUGUUAGACGAAAAGAGCUAGCUUUAUGGAGUAAGAUGCCCCAGAAUGAAUUUGCUGGUCAUCAGUCCAGACAUCAUGUUGAGGAUGCUUCAGAAGACCUCAGUCUCGGGAAGACAAAUACUAUUCUUCCACUGACUCUUGGGUUAGAGGCUACACAGUCACAUCGGAAUUUUGGGAAAGUGGGGAGAAAUAGUACUUCUAGUUCUAAGAGAUCAAGGAUAAUGCAGAUGGAUGUUUCUGUAAAUAAAAUCGGUGAAGAUGGAAAAGGCAUUUCUACUGAGCUUUCAGCAAAUCCUACAAAUUGCAAAAAUGGAGAGAGGACUCAAAUGCUUAAGCAAAGGCAGCAUUCUUGUGGCAAGCGAAGUGAUAAAAGAAACGGCAAAGUUACCAAAAGUAAUUUCUCUUUAAAGAGCUUAGUUGGCUUUGGUUCAGCUGCUGGAGGAAGAAACUUUCUUGGAAUGUAUGGCUUGAAAUCUGAUGGCAUGGAUGUCACAAAAGAUGUAGAUGAUCUGCCCUUGAGGGAACUACUUGAUGGCAGUUAUAAGUGCGCACCUGUUCCCAAAGAUAAGAGAAACAAAGCUUCAAAAUCAAAUGACAGUCUCAUGCAGUUGGUUAGAGAUGCUAACUCCAUGCUUCGACUUCAGAAGUCUGUACAGAUGCAGAAUUGUUCUAAUGUUGAUAGCAAGCUGUCUUGCGCCGAUUCUUAUACCAGCUCUUCUUCAGCAAGUCGAAAUGAUGGUGACAAGGGAGAGAACAGGAUUGAUAAGCCGUCUUCUUCUGAUCAGGUACAGGAAUCCAGUGGCAAGGUUCAAGCAGUUGCAACAAUGUGUCAUUCUCCAUCAUAUACACCAAAGUAUGUGUUGGAGCGCCUUGCGCUCACUCCAUCCAAGGAUUUGGAUUCUUUACUUAUGGACACAGUCAAGCCUGCUACUUUAAGAAAUAGUGGCGAUCUUCGUCUAAGCAGGCCAUCAUCUCAGCGAAAUGGCUUGCCUCCUUUUCCUUGGUCGCACACGUGCUCUGGUCAUCCUAAAACUGUUCCUGAUUCAGCUAAAUUAUCUACAAGUAAGAUGGUUUGCCAAGGCAGAUGGGUAAGAGUGGAAAACACUUCGACUCCUGUGAAAGGUUCUACUGGUUUCCUUGAGGAAUUGCAAUCACUCACUGACAAUCACAAACUAGUUCCAACAGGAGGUAAAGUGUCUAGGCCUUCAAAAAAUGAAAAUGCUUCAUCAAACCGUGAUAGCUUUACUGUAUGUGAAAGGAUUUCAUCAUCAAUUGCAGCCAGCAGCACUUCUGAAGUUCCACCAGCAGCUGAAUCUCCAGGUAUAUUGGUUGCUGCUGAGACGCUUUGCGAGAUUGCUACCUAUUCGUUGAAGCAGAAGACUGAAGUAACGACCAAAUUGCUGAAGAAACCUUCUCAGAAGGGCAUGAGAGCAUGUAAAUUGACUGAGAAAUCUGGAAAUCAAUUCAUAGCACCAAAACCAGUUGUGGGAUCAAAUAAUCUGGUUGAAAUUGCGGAUGGGAUACUUCCAUCGAAGAAGCUUCGUCUUUCAGUCAACUUUAGAAAACCUGAUAGGAAAGGACCGAUACCUUGUUCAGCUGAAUCAAUAAGAUCAACUCCUGUCAAAUCAUUUAGGGACUCGGAAGGUUUCAAUACCAGCUUUGUAAAUAAACCAUGUAUAAUGUCCCCCUAUACAAGGGUGAUGGAUAAGGCUUGUAGUAGUACUGACCAGAAGCUGAGGAAGGUACCCAAUGGAGUGGACCCAAGAAGAUGACAGAAUGUUGGACUGAGCCUCAUUAUGUAGUGGAUCAGACGAACCCUUUAGUGUUGCAUUUGUCUAAUCCUUCUAACUGUUGUUAAACAUGCAAAAUAUGGUAGGAUUUGUACAGCCCGUCACAUGGAAGAAAUGAAUGUUGUAAUCUUAUGCCUGGUUGGUUUAGGGUUUUAGAAGGGAAACCAUUGUGCUUGUACCAUUACUUGUAUUAUGGAUGCCAGAUUCAUAGAGGCGCUUUCGGCUUUGCCUCAGUGUACAUCAUUGAUGAGGCAAUAGUAGAAGAGUUCUCUCUUUAGCUUCUGGUAUUCCGGACAUUCCUCACGUGUGUGUAAAUGUAUUCAUUAUGUAAUAUCUAUGCUCAGGACAUUUUCAUACUCA